UGCUGUACAGUGUAGACCAAUGAGGCGCAAAGAUUAUCAACUUUUGGACAAUUAGCCACGGUGCAUGACCGAAGCAUAGUUGGACCAAAACAAAACACUGAACAGUUGGGUUGGGAAAAAUGCGUGAAUUUGUGAGGUUGAUGCGCUGCAGCACUUUCGGAGCUGCUGCCAUUGUCAUUGUGAUUAGCUUGACCUGUGCACCAGCCGAGGAGCGUAACAAGUGGACAACGCUCGACUGGCUGCGACAAUUGAACUACACUCACGAGUUGCACAAUGUGACCACCGACGAUGGCUACCAGCUGCAGUUGCAGCGUCUGCCUCAAGUUGGGGCACGCCCCGUGCUUCUGGUGCAUGGACUGCUGAGCUCCUCGGUGGGUUGGCUUUGCCUGGGGCCUGACAGAAGUUUGGCGUUUCAGCUGCAUCAGCGCAAGUACGAUGUGUGGCUGGCGAAUCUGCGUGGCAUGUCGCCCUAUGGCAGGCAUCACCUCGAGCUGACCGAUGUCAUGUCUGAGUUCUGGCGCUAUAGUUUCCACGAGCAUGGCGCAUACGAUUUGCCCGCCAUAAUUGACCACAUUGUGGCGCUGCAAGCGCGUGAGAAGCACGACGAUGUGGCGAACGAGGAGGAGCAGAAAGCAAAGCAAUCGCUGGCAGCGCAUCGAGUUUUGCUAAUUGGACACUCGCAGGCAUUCAAUGCUUUCCUAGUGCUGUGUGCUUUGCAUCCGCGAUUCAAUCAGCACAUCCAGCUCAUUCAGGCUUUGGCACCUCUGGCUCGACUGCAUCGACAGGUGCGAUUCGAUCACACGCAUGUGCGCGACAUCAUGAAGUUUGUCAAGAAACGCCAAAAGGCUAAUAAAUAUGAGCUGUUUCCGCCAGGAGAACUGAAGAGAAUGUGUCGCAAAAAGAAGGAACUCUGCGAGUAUUACACGAAAAAUCUGGUGGGAAGUGCACAAAGUAACAAGAAGCUACUGGACAUCUUUAACUAUGAUCAUUUGCUGCAGGGCGGCUCAGCGAAAGAGUUGCGGCACUUGCAACAGAUCUGGAAAUCGGGUGACUUUAUAGCCUACGAUUAUGGACCAAUUGAGAAUAUGCAAGUUUAUCACGGCGUUGAGGCGCUGUCCUAUAAUCUAAGUCAGAUCAGUGUGCCCAUCAUACUGUAUUUUGGGGAGACCGAUGCGAUUGCCACGCCCCAAGGGGUGCACGAUAUCUACGCCCAUAUGUUGAGCACAGUGCGAAGCGUGCGACGUAUUGCGGCAACCAAAUUUAAUCACUUUGAUUUUCUGCUCUCGUCAGAGGUUAAAACAUUGGUUAAUGACAAACUGAUUGAGCUAAUGGAAAAAUUUCUCGAAGGUAAUUUGCCCUAUGUAAUUGAAUGAGGGAAAGAGGAGGAGGAGAUCGGGGUAAGGGGACAACAAAUGGUGCUAACUAUGUAAUUGGGCUUUGGCAAAGCUCACAUCAAAGGCGUCCAUUGAGGCUCAUUAAAAGUGCGAGCGGCCAAGCGAAAUGUUUUAUUUGUCUUGGCAGCAAAGUGGCAAUUAUGUAAUCGGCUCACAGCUGACCAAAAACGAAACAACAACAAGGCCACAGUAUAUAAAACAGAAAUAAAAAACUGAAUACUAAAAGCUUAACAACAAAAAUAUGUGACAAACUGAUGUCUUGAUGUCUGGGUCCCAACACUUUUACUUUCUUUUGAUUGCCCACUUAAAAGGCAAACGCACAAAACAUUUAUUUGUUUGUGUUUUUUCCUCUAUUUUUUGUUUGUGGUUGAGGUUGUCUUUUUAUUUUUUUCAUCGCUUAUUUGACCCACAAUAGACGACACAACUGUGGUAACGGUGGCUAAGCCAAAAAGGUUAUUAAGCCAUUUCGCUUGAAACUUGGCCAAAAAGAAGGCGCAGCACACACAAUAGCUUAAUAAUAAUUUACAUCUAUUACUGAAAAUGCACACAAAUGGGCAAUAAUUAAAUGGAAUUGAUAACUUAUCUAACGAUAUAAUUGUUUACAGUCAAAUCAAAUAACUAAAUUUGUUUAUUAUGUGAACUACUGAGCUGAAAUAUUGUUGUAUAGGUAGCAUUAUGACUUGGCCAUUUUUGUAAAUAUUAUUAAACACUUCCGUAUUAAUUAUAUGCUUACAUUUAAUUGCUUUUCAAUUUAAUUUCAUUUUGAAUAAAUUUCACAUAAAAAUUACAUUUUUAUUACCUAAAUUUUGUUUAACAUUGUUAAUUCGAUAUUUGUUAUAAGCAAAUUGACAUUUAAAUC